CGCCCAGGCCCAGCGGCCGGAGCUCGCGCCCCGCCUGAGCGCCUGCUUGCUCCGCCGGCGCAGAGCCCGCGGGGAGACCAGCCAGGCAGUCCGAGGAGUGGCCGCGCAGGUGGCGACGCCGCGAAGAUGGUCGCCAAGCAGCGGAUCCGGAUGGCCAACGAGAAACACAGCAAGAACAUCACCCAGCGUGGCAACGCCGCCAAAACCUCGAGAAAUGCGCCCAAAGAAAAGGCAUCUGUAGGCCCCUGGUUAUUGGCCCUCUUCAUUUUAGUUGUGUGUGGCUCCGCAAUUUUCCAGGUUAGUCAAAGUAUCAGAAUGGGCAUGUGAAGUGACUGAACCCUAAGGUGUUUCCAUUCUCCUGUGAAUUUUAACUUGAACUCAUUCCUGAUGUUUGAUACCCUGGUUAACAACAAUUAAGUAAACCAU